AUGGGCCGUGAGAAGAACGGCACUGAUUCCUGCACGCACGCGGAGGAGCAAGGAGAGCGGAGGAGAGUUGGUCGUGGUGGUGGUGGUGGUGGUGGUGGUGGUGGUGGUGGUGGUGGUGGUGGUGGUGGUGGUGGUGGUGGUGGUGGUGGUGGUGGUGGUGGUGGUGGUGGUGGUGGUGGUGGUGGUGGUGGUGGUGGUGGUGGUGGUGGUGGUGGUGGUGGUGGUGGUGGUGGUGGUGGUGGUGGUGGUGGUGGUGGUGGUGGUCGUGGUGGUGGUGGUGGUCGUGGUGGUGGUGGUGGUGGUGGUGGUGGUGGUGGUGGUGGUGGUGGUGUGGUGGUGGUGGUGGUGGUGGUGGUGGUGGUGGUGGUGGUGGUGGUGGUGGUGGUGGUGGUGGUGGUGGUGGUGGUGGUGGUGGUGGUGGUGGUGGUGGUGGUGGUGGUGGUGGUGGUGGUGGUGGUGGUGGUGGUGGUGGUGGUGGUGGUGGUGGUGGUGGUGGUGGUGGUGGUGGUGGUGGUGGUGGUGGUGGUGGUGGUGGUGGUGGUGGUGAAACUUCUCCUCUGCGCCCACUUCCCACCCGCCCCCCUUCUCCGCCCCGCUCCUCCCCGUGCUCCCCGUCUCCGCCCCCCUCUUACCCCCAUCCACCCCUUCCGCCACCCCUUCCGCCACCCCUUCCGCCACACCUUCCGCCACACCUCCCGCAUCCUGCUCCCCCCCGCCCCUCCUGCGGCCAAUCGUUACGGAUAG